UUAUGUAAAGACUCAUUUUGUAGUCUCACAUGCUGUACAGAGUUCAUACCCUACCAUACACAGUAACAACAUAUUCAGUUUAAGGAUAGAAGUAGACUUUACACCGAUUACAUCGACCGAUAAUUAGCAUUUUAUGCUGAUUGGCUUUGUCAUAAUUCGCCGAUCCGAUCAAUGACCUCAUUGUUGUUGUUGUUGGACAAAAUAGGGAAAAACGUGUGUUGGUGGUCACCGGUGCUCAGGACAGGAGAGGAUGUUCGUUUAAGACUUGCUUGAGGCGGAUUACCAAGACUUUGACGACCCUUUGAUCCUAAAGGAAUUCCAGAAGUUUGACCUAAAAGUCCCGCAAUUGUAUGCAGCUUCAAUGCUUAAGUAUGUGGCCCACGGAUGCCACGAUCCAGAGUCUUCAACGGAUUUUUUACUCACUGACAUUUUAACAAAAAAACAUUUGAAAAGUGUUACUAAAUCUCAAGGAGAAUCAGAAGUGUGUGGUCCUGCAGAGAUGUUUUCUUUAAAAGCCUGCUCACCUGUCUGUGUCAAUUUCUUUCCUAAAUAAGUAACCUGACAAGUAACUCAUGAGCAACUCUGCAAGACGCCCGAUAACGUCGACAUGAGUAGUACUUUAGGCAAAGAAAAAGAUUCAAAAGAAAAGGACCCUAAAAGUGGUUCAGGAGGCAAAGAAAGGGAAAAGGAGGCCAAGGCUCUGGCAGGCCUAGCCAAGGAUGGGGGCAAAGAAACCAAGACCAAAGGGAAAGAAACCAAAGAAGGAAAGAAGGACACCAGCAGCUCAACACCGGGUGUUGCCUUCUCCGUUGACAAUACGAUAAAGCGGCCAAACCCAGCACCAGGUACACGCAAGAAGUCCAGCAAUGCCGAGGUGAUUAAGGAGCUUAAUAAGUGCCGGGAGGAAAAUUCCAUGAGACUGGAUCUCUCUAAACGGUCUAUUCACAUGCUGCCCACCUCCAUCAAGGAGCUGACACAGCUGUCUGAACUCUACCUAUACAGCAACAAGUUGCAGAGCCUACCACCUGAAGUGGGUUGCCUCUCAGGCCUGCUCACUUUGGCCUUGAGCGAAAACUCCUUAACCAGCUUGCCCGACUCACUGGACUCCCUCAAGAAGCUUCACAUGCUUGAUCUCCGGCACAACAAGCUGAGGGAGAUCCCGCCAGUAGUCUAUCGAUUGACAUCACUGGCCACGCUCUACCUACGCUUCAACCGCAUCACCACAGUGGAGAAAGACAUCCGGAACCUUUCCAAGCUCAAAAUGCUCAGCAUCCGGGAGAACAAGAUAAAGCAGCUUCCCGCAGAGAUAGGGGAACUUCGCAUCCUCAUUACUCUGGAUGUUGCCCAUAAUCAGUUGGAGCACUUACCGAAGGAGAUUGGGAAUUGCACACAAAUAACCAACCUAGACUUGCAGCACAAUGAGCUUUUAGACCUCCCAGAGACUAUAGGAAACCUUGCCAGCAUAAACCGCUUGGGUCUGAGGUACAAUAGAUUGUCAGCCAUCCCCAGAUCAUUAGCCAAAUGUCGAGAACUGGAAGAGCUAAAUCUUGAAAACAAUAACAUUUCAGUGUUACCAGAGGGCCUCCUGUCAAGUUUGGUCAACCUGACCAGCCUGACACUAGCAAGGAACUGCUUCCAGUCAUACCCUGUGGGUGGACCAUCCCAGUUCUCAACCAUCUACUCGCUCAAUAUGGAGCACAACCGCAUAAACAAGAUCCCUUUUGGAAUCUUCUUCAGGGCCAAAGUUUUAAGCAAGCUUAACAUGAAGGACAACCAGUUAACUUCUCUUCCCUUGGACUUUGGCACAUGGACCAGCAUGGUGGAGCUUAACCUAGCCACCAAUCAGCUGACGAAAAUCCCAGAAGAUGUCUGCGGUCUGGUGUCUCUUGAGGUGUUAAUAUUGUCCAAUAAUCUUCUGAAAAAGUUACCGCAUGGUAUCGGCAAUUUGAGAAAGCUUCGGGAGCUUGACUUGGAGGAAAACAAGUUGGAAUGUCUCCCCAAUGAAAUAGCAUAUCUCAAGGAUUUACAGAAAUUGGUGUUGACAAAUAACCAGCUGACAACGUUACCCAGAGGCAUUGGCCACCUCACCAACUUGACUCAUCUGGGUUUGGGGGAGAACCUGCUGCAACAUCUUCCGGAGGAGAUUGGCACACUGGAGAACCUGGAGGAAUUGUACCUCAAUGACAACCCCAACCUACACAGCCUGCCCUUUGAGCUGGCCCUGUGCAGCAAGCUGUCCAUCAUGAGCAUUGAAAACUGUCCCCUCAGCCACCUGCCGCCCCAGAUUGUGGUUGGGGGGCCCUCCUUCAUCAUCCAGUUCCUCAAGAUGCAGGGACCUUACCGUGCUAUGGUCUGAGGAAGAGCCCACCCUCAUGCCUGCUUGCCCAUCCCAUUCUGUGUAUCAUCCACUGUAAAGAAGUCAGCCACCUCCCACCAUCAGUGUCGGGGACUAAGCGGAGGAGAUGGAGGGAAAAGAGAAUAUUUCUCUCCGUCGUUGAGGCAGACGCAUUGGAGUCUCUGCAUUGCUCCACUUCAUUACGGUCAUUCACAGACCCCUGUCACCCACGCUCAUCUUCCCAUUUCGAAUCGUACAGGAGGAAAAUAUUCCAAUCUCUUUGCCAAAACUGAAGACAUGAAUUUCUAUAUUGAGUAACUGUGACUAAGUGGCAAGUCUUUUAAUCAUAUAAACCGUGCUCCCAUUGCCAAUGUAUUUACAGUAAUUACAAGCAUCUGCUAUGUGAGCGAGGAUACAGCUAUAUGCAAAAACAAACAAAACAAGUCUUUGGAUCGUCACAUUUACUGCUGCUGCCAUAAUUUAAAGGUGUCAUUCUUCUUUUGAUGUUUUCACUUUUGACAUAAACCUCGCUCUUUUGAAAUGUUAAUUGCUUCUUGACCACAGAGAACAAAGGUCUAAUGAUGGUGUGUUUAUACUUUUUUUGUACUUUCUUUUUGUUUUUCUUUUCUUUUCUUUUUUUUUUUUUUUUUUUUUUACAAUUUUUAAAUCUUUUUUUUUUAAUUUUUAUUUUAUUUUUAUUUUUUUUAACUGUGCCUAUGUUUAGAGUGAUCCAGUGGUUCAUUUCUAAACACUAUUGUCCAUGAGAAUACAAAGACAUAAAUUAUUUCAAAAUUUUCUUAUUACUACUGUUUUUACUUUUGUGUUGCUGUUGGAUGAAUCUAUUUCAGUGCUAUCAUUAGUUAUGAAAUAGGGCAAUUGGAUUUUUUUUUUAAAGAAAUAGCAGCAGUAGUUCUCAAAUGUAAAGCUAGUAAUGUAUACGUAUGAAAAAUACCAAUAAAAAAAAGCAAGUUGGACUUUUUUUCAGUGUGGGUGGUGCCAUGUGACCCCACCUCCAUCUGUUGUGUGAUAAAAAGAAACGUAGGUGAUGGGAUAAAUGACCGAUGUUUUUAUAUAAUGUAUACAAAUCCUGGUUGUUGCCUUGAGUGUAAUUUUAGUUCUGUUUACUUGUUUGAUAUUCUCUUCAGUGUUGGGCUGCAUAGCUGUCAUCCACUUGAUCAUUGACCAACAUAUCAUACAUUUUUAAAGGACUUCACUUGGCGAGUGUUUCAGAGCCUCAAAAAAAGGUUUGAUAAUAAAACAUUGGCAGGUAAUCCCUUGACACCUUUUUUUAAUAUUAUGUCCUUAAUUUGUCUCUUAAAUAAAGUUCCCAUCUAAUUUAAUUUGUUUUUAAUAUGAUAUUUUGUCCCACACUGUCCCAGUAAUGCUGCUGCUCUUAUGCACUUUUUUGGAAUAAAAACAUUGGCAUCCUCUGUUCAACACAAACACGGUCGCCUCUCAUCGUUUAUUUUUCAAUGGAGGCAUUUUCUUUCAUAAAGUAAUUGAUCUGUAAGCUUAUCUUGUAAGUUUGCAUCACUUGGAAAUAAAUUAGUUUUCCAG